AACCGAAUUAUAUUGAAUUACUUAAGGCAUGACUCAUGAAAUACGCAACUGCCAAUACUAUAUAAAUUAGCAGUUGCGAGCUAGUCUGCACAUCAUCUUCUAUACAACUCAACAGGAACUUCUAAGAUGAAUUUAAAGCUUCUCACUAUUUUGCUACUCGUUGUCUUGUUGACAAUCGACCUUGGUGACUCAUGGGGACGCAGAAGACGCCGACAAGGUGGUAGGGGAAGAGGAAGAAGCUUCUGGGGAAGGGCUAAAAAAGCUGUCAGGAAAGUUGGCAAAUUCUACAAGAGAAACAGAAAAACCAUUCAUACAGUUGGAAAAUGGGCACUUCGUGCAGCCGCCGCGUAUGACAACGAAGACCUGAACAGCUUAAAUCAGCUUAAGAAUCAGAAUCUGGAAUCGUAUCAAGAGUACCUGGACAACCUGGAAGAAGCAAUGAGUGAAAUGUAUCCGGAAGAAGACAUUGAUCAACUCAUGGAAGCAUUGGACAAUGUCGUUGACAUGAACGACGAGGAUCGUAAAGAUUUAUUUGCGACUGCAAACGAGGAGAUGCCUGAAUUUGAGCCGAUUCAAAUGCCAGAUGGGUUCAAAGAUGAAUUGGCGAUGAGAGUUGCAAAUCUUGCGUAAUCUUCUCAUCCCACUUAUCGGCAAUUUAUUUUUAUAUUCUCAAAAAUAUAUUUGAAUACAUUCGAACAGUUCGGAACAUGAUGCAGUUUUUAAUCAUCAACAAAAUGGAUGUUAUCUUGAAAUCUAAUGGCUUUAGAUGGCUCUUUA